GAUAAAUUCAAUUUGUAUUUAAAGUAAAGUCAGCGUUAGUUAAGGCAGUUUUUGACAUGUUAAUCUUGAUGUGUUUUAAAGGCUGCCAAUCACGUUACUGAAGCGGCUUGAAAGGAAGACUUACAGAGAAGGCACACACUCUUGGAUGUUCAUGGUGUCUUCAUUUUACCCAAAACUAAGGUCUUCGCAAUAGAUAAUGACUCCACGAGAUCACAUGAGAAAAAUGUCUAUCCUGGGAGAACAAGGAACACUAGAAGAAAAGCACUUAUAUCGGUUAGCAAGUGGAAUGGCAGCAGGAGAACUGCGGCAGCGACAAGAGAUGCUCAUGCGCAACCAGCUGAUGGCAGUAAACCCUCAGCUGAUGGGUGCCGGCCAGCCGAGAAUGCAGGCGAUUCCCUCCCAGUUUGAGCCUCGGCUCGUUGACAGAGAUCUGUUACCUUCAGCUGAAAUGAUGACAUCAGCUGACCCAAGACAAAUCCAUAUAGCAUCCCACCUCGGGCCCACGGUCCCACAGCAUGCAAACAUGCCAAAUAUACUGUCCAACCGGGUUUACCCACCCCCAGGAUAUAGCUUUCUGCAACCAGAAUCCAUGGAAGCUGUGGCCAGGAGACAGGAACUGGUUCAAAAGCAAAAUAUUGCCAGAAUGGAAAUGGAGAUGAGUGCUAUUUUUCAGCAAAAAGAAAUGGAGAAAGCUCAUCGGAAAGGACUACUGGGCCUGGAAGCACCUUUCCUUUAUCAUGGGAUGCCAGCUAGUCCCAUUGCUUUCCGUGGCAGGCACAGACUGCCUGAAGGCCAUCUCCCCAGUGACUUAUAUGUUCAUCGUACCACCCUCGAUGAAAUUCAUGGCAACACUAUGCUAAUGGCAACCAGCCCAUACCCUCCAGUCACCACUUUGCAAAGGGAGAGGGGACGUCGACCAGGGAGAAGAGCUGGAAAUCACAAAACUGCAGAGUGUAGUGCUAAUGGCACAAAGAACCAAGCUGAUGACAAAACUACAGACCCUGCUGCAGCUGCAGUGGAUGAUGAGAAAGAAGACAAGAAAGAAGCUGAGGUGCAGAUACCAAACAAACAUGAACAAAACAAAAACCAGACUGAGCCAUCUGCAGUUGCCAAAAACUGUAAAGAGUUUGAACAAAGCUUGAGAAAAAACUCGUCUACUCAUGAAAUUUCUACUGAAACUAACAGCUGCAACAAUACAAAUGAGAAAGAAUCUAAUAGCUCCUGUACUGCUUUUGAUGACAAGUUCAUGUACCCUUCUGCAAUCCCAUUCUCAGCAUUACCAUAUGGAUUCCCAGUACCAAGCAAUGCACUGCUACCCUCAGGAGCACAUGGCCUGAUCCUGAAUGGAGAAGACAUUUCUUCAUCUGAAGACAUUCGCAAGUGGACUGUUGAUGAUGUUUACAACUUCAUCAUUAGCCUCCCUGGCUGUUCAGAUUACGCCCAGCUAUUUAAAGACCAUGCUAUUGAUGGAGAAACCCUCCCACUGCUAACAGAGGAACAUCUCCUGGAUACAAUGGGAUUAAAACUUGGACCAGCAUUAAAAAUCCGCUCUCAGGUGUCUCAGCGUUUGGGCAAUGUGUUCUACAUGAUGAAUCUUCCUCUGCCAGUGCCAUUGCCACCUGCUUCAGGCAAACCCUCAGAUCAGCCUCCUGACAUAACUUCCCCUCUUCACUGUAACAGCACUGGAGAUGUGCUGGAUAGUCCAGGCUCUCAGGACCCAGAAACUUCACAAGCAGUGGAACAGAUCAUUUCAGAAAGCAGGGAAAAUCCGUGCAACACAGCUGGAUCUCAGGCUGACUUCCAGAUGAUCACUUUCCAGAAAAGUUGAGCUAAGUCCAGGACAUAACAUCUUUUUAAUAUUACAGGAACCUCUAGUUAACAAAGCAUUUGAGAAGAUAGCUGCAGUGUGAAACCUCUGUGUGAUUGGUCCGAAUAAAAUAAACUGCAAAUGCAGCAUGAGGAAGUGUGGUCUCUGAAAGGCAUCACAAAAAUGCAACUACAUAUUGGUGCAAUUACUUCCAAGUGCAAUGCAUUGGAAAGAAACCAGUAUGGUUAACAAAUACUUUUCAUUUUUUCAUUGAAGUCCAGUGUCAUCACUGAAGUCUGUCAGAGAUUCAGAGUGCGCUGUCUUACAGUGUGUUCCUGCAGGCUGCUAAGAAACUACAAGGAAAAGUUACAGCUUCCACAUAUAGCUUGCUGCUGCUCUUGUUAAACAAAAUUUAUACAGGAAAUUUAUAAAGAAUUCAUUGGGAGAGUAUGGAAUUACCUGCAGAAUAUAGAGAAAUAGACCCUAGACUCAGCAAUUUGGGUUAAUUCCAUUGAUACUCGAGAACUAAGCCUAAGUGCCUGGGAAGGGUAUAGACAAGAAACAUGGAUUAAACCCUGGACAAGGAAAUACCAGGUGUAACAGGAAUUUUAAUUAUACUGAAGCAUUCUUAUCACUGAGGUUUCAACUUGCUGUGAGUGACUGCACCACUGAGAUGAGUUUAGAAAGAAGGAUCAGCAGACUCCAGCAUGAAGACCAGUAACUGUGACAGUAAUGUUCCUGCAGGCAGCAGGCUCAAAGUCACCCAGUUCCACUGCCAACCACUGCCACAGCUCACCUUUCUCCUCAGCUCACAUCAGCAAGCCACGGAAAACUCUUAAUUUGGUGGCACACUCAAGUGCUCUUCGUUUUGGAAGAGGCCAUCAAUUUUAGCCUGAAAGCUCCCUCUUCUCUGCAAAAAUAUGGUUUCUCCUCAUGUCUGACUGGUGAUUUAUUACCGCAUAGCAAACAAGAACACAAAAUAGAGUUUUUAGCUAGGGAUAAAUCCCCAGCAUUUUAUCGUGAUUCCUGUGUGAAUUAUCUUGGUUCCCUCUUUAGGGACUUAGUCAUACAGUGGUCUUCCACUUAGGCUUUGGAAGUUAUUAUACUCCACUCUUCUCCUUGCAAGAACACUUCUUUACUCCAAAGGAUACACAAAUAUUUCUGAUAAAAAUAAGUUCUGUAAAUUGAGGGUUGAUGAUAGGCUGUGCUUCUGCUGUAUAUUGCUACUUUAGAGUCUCUCUCCUUAGUUUAGUUUGUGUGGCCUCAAGCACUUAAAAACCAAGAGGUACUCUGCUGUUUAGACGGGGAGUGUGUAAGCAUACAAGGAGGUAGAGUACUCUCAUAUUUUAGACUGUGAGCAUGUGUUCUUUUACUUUAGCCUGAGAUAAAUGAUUUUAUGUCUUUGAUAUGUUUGUGCACUAGAUAAUAUGUGAUUAGAUCCUUGCAACAGCAACUUAAGAUGCUCAGUAUACUGUCCAAACCUUGCAGCCUUCAGAGGAAGGGCAAACAUCUGUUGCACUCCUUUUCUGAACUAGCAAAGUCUGUAAAAAGAGUACAGCCUAAUUCUGCUUUCACUGAAAACUGCCACUGACACCAGUUAUGACAGUUUUGGACUCUGUACAUCUAUCUCCACAUACUGUUACUGGGGUGUACAUUUUUAAUGUUUAACUGAUGAAAUCCAGGAAGGCCCAGUGCAAAAAUGUGAGAUGCUGUGCAGCAAAAU